CUGGAGCAACCCCUGAUGUUAUAUGUUUAUCUUGUUAACAUUUUAAAUGGGAUUUUUGCUUCCCUAACUGAUGGUUCAGUUUUCCACUUACCUCUAACUGGUUUUACAGAAAGACCUAAAUUGCCUGAUAAUUACACUCAGGACACUUGGCAGAAGCUUGAUGAAGCAGUGAGAGCUAUACAAAGUAGCACCUCUAUUAAAUACAAUCUUGAAGAUCUUUACCAGGCUGUUGAAAACCUCUGUUCUUAUAAAGUGUCUCCUACACUGUACAAACAGCUCCGGCAAGUCUGUGAAGAUCAUGUAAAAGCACAGAUCCUUCAGUUCAGAGAAGAUUCUCUGGACAGUCUUUUAUUUUUAAAGAAGGUAAAUAAAUGCUGGCAAGAUCAUUGCAGACAAAUGAUCAUGAUUAGAAGCAUUUUCUUAUUUUUGGAUCGUACAUACGUGCUGCAGAACUCAAUGCUUCCUUCUAUAUGGGAUAUGGGGCUAGAGCUUUUUAGAAAGCACAUUAUUAGUGAUAAAUUUGUUCAAAACAAGACAAUUGAUGGAAUCCUCUUGCUGAUUGAACGGGAACGGAAUGGUGAAACUGUGGACAGAAGCCUGUUGCGAAGUCUGUUAAGCAUGCUGUCUGAUCUACAGGUUUACAAGGAAUCAUUUGAACAGAAGUUUUUGGAAGAGACAAAUUGUUUAUAUGCAGCAGAGGGCCAAAGGCUAAUGCAAGAAAGAGAGGUCCCAGAAUAUCUUCACCAUGUAAACAAACGUUUAGAAGAAGAAGGAGACCGAGUAAUAACAUAUUUAGACCACAGCACACAGAAACUACUAAUUGCUUGUGUGGAGAAGCAAUUACUAGGAGAACACUUAACAGCUAUUUUGCAAAAAGGACUUGAUAAUCUGCUUGAUGAAAACAGAAUAUCAGAUCUCACCCAGACAUACCAGCUAUUCAGCCGGGUAAAAGGUGGGCAGCAGAUCCUGUUGCAAAACUGGAGUGAAUACAUCAAGAACUUUGGGACAACAAUAGUGGUUAAUCCUGAAAAAGACAAGGAUAUGGUGCAAGAGCUACUAGAUUUUAAGGAUAAAGUGGACCAUAUCAUAGAAGCGUGCUUUCAGAAAAAUGAGAAAUUUGUAAACUUGAUGAAGGAAUCCUUUGAAACAUUUAUCAACAAGAGACCAAAUAAGCCUGCAGAAUUGAUAGCAAAACAUGUGGAUUCAAAGUUAAGAGCUGGAAAUAAGGAAGCAACUGAUGAAGAGCUAGAAAGAAUCCUUGACAAAAUCAUGAUAAUAUUCAGAUUCAUUCAUGGUAAAGAUGUGUUUGAGGCAUUUUAUAAGAAAGAUUUGGCCAAAAGAUUGCUUGUUGGAAAAAGUGCUUCGGUAGAUGCUGAGAAGUCGAUGUUGUCAAAGCUUAAACAUGAAUGUGGUGCUGCUUUCACCAGCAAAUUGGAGGGAAUGUUCAAGGAUAUGGAACUUUCAAAAGAUGUCAUGAUUCAAUUUAAGCAGUAUAUGCAGAACCAAAGUGAUCCAGGUAAUAUAGACCUGACGGUAAAUAUACUUACUAUGGGAUAUUGGCCAACCUAUACACCCAUGGAAGUCCACUUACCUCCAGAGAUGGUUAAGCUUCAAGAGGUAUUUAAGACCUUUUAUCUUGGAAAACACAGUGGUCGAAAGCUUCAGUGGCAGACCACUUUAGGGCAUGCUGUCUUGAAAGCAGAAUUUAAGGAAGGGGUUUGGCAAUUUUACUUAUGGGUUGUUUUUUUUUUGCAUGUGUCACUCUUCCAGACAUUAGUGCUGCUUAUGUUUAAUGAAGGAGAUGAAUUUAUUUUUGAAGAAAUUAAAAUGGCCACUGGUGUAGAGAACAGUGAAUUACGAAGAACCUUGCAGUCUUUGGCCUGUGGGAAAGCACGAGUAUUGAUCAAAAAUCCCAAAGGCAAGGAAGUAGAUGAUGGAGACAAAUUCAUUUUUAAUGGUGACUUCAAGCAUAAAUUGUUUCGAAUAAAGAUCAACCAAAUACAGAUGAAAGAAACAGUUGAAGAACAGGUUAGCACAACUGAAAGAGUAUUUCAAGAUAGACAGUAUCAGAUUGAUGCUGCUAUUGUACGAAUAAUGAAGAUGAGAAAGAUACUCUGUCAUAACCUCCUUGUUUCUGAAUUGUAUAAUCAGCUGAAAUUUCCAGUAAAGCCUGGAGACUUGAAAAAAAGGAUUGAAUCUCUCAUAGACAGAGACUAUAUGGAGAGAGACAAAGACAACCCCAAUCAAUACCACUAUGUUGCAUAAUGGAGAGAACUGUUUUUUUUUCCCCCUCAAAAACACCAGAAUAAUGUAUUCAGGACAUUGAAUACCUAUGCUGUCUCCAGACUUUACCUCUAACAUGUCUCAAGUUGGUGUAUAUUAUUCAACCAGCUGCAUGCCCUGGCGUGGAUGAGAUGCAAAGGAAAAGUUUCUUGGAUGAUCUUGUCAAGACUUCGUAGUGAUUUUAAAUGGCACAUUUUUUUCUUUUAGUUCUUCCACUUGUUCUUUUGAGUCCUUCGAGAUUUGUUUAUUCUACUUUGUUUAAAACUAACUUUUGAAGUUAGAUGGGAAGGUAAAAUAAUUAUUUGAAAUAUUUUUCUGUCACAGAUGCAAGUCUGGCUAUGUAUGUAUGUGUUUAUGACUGAACAUUCAUAAAGACCCUUAAUGCUGCAUUCUUUAGCUAUACAAAUCACUUGGGUAUCUUUUAAAACCCCUUUUAAUUGAUUAAUGCUUAUGUACAAACAUUCAGUAAAUAUUUGAAAUUGUACACCACAAUAUUGUUAUCAUCAUGUUUGUUUAAUUUUCUUUCAAAAUAGCUGUAAACUUCAGUCUGGUUUGGAUAAAUCAGGUUUUGAAGUGAAAUCUUUGAAGUGCCAAGAGGACAAUUGUGUAAAAAAAAAUGUCUAGUGAGCUGUCUGAUAAUUUAGCUAAGGUAUUCAUUUGUGAAUUUUUUUGCUCUUGGGCAAUUGAUUUGUAUCACUGUUCAUGUAAAACUUCAGUUAAAUUUAGUUUUGCCUUUAGACACAAAUAUAGGAUAACUACUGUACAGUGCACUCAACACAAGAAGAGAAGUUUUCAAAGGCUUUAUACAGUCUUGAUAUUGUGAAAACAUAGAUUGUCUUGAGAGACUAAGGAUUUUGUGAGUUCCCUGUUACAUAUUGUAUAUAUGUAAGUUGAUUUGAAUUAAAGAAUGAAGGACAUGUAGAUCUGUUAGAUAAUUGUAACUGUAUAAGGAAAAUACAUUUUGUGGUAAUAUUUACAAGCCUCUCUUUUGUUUUACAGGAUUUGCAUAAUGGUGUUUCAUUCUGAUUAAAAGCUACCAAAGGAGUUUUGAUCAUGGCCUAAUGAGAAUUUAACAGAGCAAUAUUUUCUUGAAAAUAACUUACUAAAUUUAUGUAAUGUAAUUAUUACACAUAAAUUAUAAGUCCACAACCCCUUCUUAAGUAUUCCUUGCUAAAAGCUGACAUCUUGUGGGUUUCCAUAUUAAAGUCCUCAUUCUGUCA